GCAGUAUAGCGCCUAGACAACUUCUGCUUCUCUGUCAGCUCUGUCAAGAAUGAGGAGCGGGUAGCAUAGGACUUCUCCUUCCUCCUCCUUCAGCUCACCGUUCAGAUGGAUUUGCAGCCGCUCUUCCUCGCCUUCCUCCUCUUCUCGUUCCUCGGCGGUGGAGCACCUGAUCUCACCUCCGACCGUGCCGCUCUACUUGGCCUCCGCGAUGCCGUCGGCCGCGCCGUGCUGCGGUGGAACGUCACAGACUCGCCCUGCACAUGGCAGGGCGUCCGAUGCUUACAGAACCGCGUCGACACCCUCCGUCUCCCCGCCGUCGGCCUCAUAGGCGCGAUCCCCACCGGUACCAUUGGUAACCUCACCGCCCUCCGUACCCUCAGCCUUCGGUAUAACGGUCUCUCCGGCAGCCUACCGUCUGACCUCGGCGGUGCCGGUGAACUCCGCAGCCUCUAUUUGCAGGACAAUCGUUUUUCUGGCGACAUUCCUUCGGCCCUUUUCAAGUUGCAGAAACUUAUUCGCUUGAAUCUCGCCGGGAAUGGCUUCACUGGCCAGAUCUCACCGGCGUUUGGGAAUCUCUCUCGCCUCAGGACGCUGUACCUUGAGAGGAAUCAACUUGAGGGCAGCAUCCCGAACAUCGAUCCACCAUAUCUCGAGCAGUUCAACGUAUCGUACAAUCGGCUGAAUGGCUCGGUUCCUUCCGGGCUUAAGAAGAUGCCUGCGAGUUCGUUUAUAGGGAUGUCGCUGUGCGGCGGCCCGCUGGCUCCGUGUCCCGGGGAGAUCUCGCCAGGUCCGGCACCGGGGCCUGCAGGGAUCCCCGGAGGAAAAGGCGGAGGCCGUACUUCCUCCGACGGCAGCGGAAGUAAGCUCUCUGGUGGCGCCAUCGCUGGAAUAGCUGUUGGAUCGGCCGCAGUGGUGCUCAUACUACUGAUUCUUUUGGUGUUCGUGUGCCGUAGAAGCGGCGGGAGUAAGACUAGGGCAGUGGAGGCCGCGGCGGUGGCAGCAAAGCCGCCGGAGGCAGUGGCCGGUGGUAGGGAGAGGGGUGAGGUGGCGGCGGUGGCGGCUGCAACGGGAGUGGCGGCAGAGAAGAAGCCGGACAUUGGUAAGAGGUUGGUGUUCUUUGGAAGGGCGGGAGAUGGACAGUUUGAUUUGGAAGAUUUGCUGCGUGCCUCGGCUGAGGUAUUGGGGAAGGGGACGUUUGGAACGGCCUACAAGGCAUUGUUGGAAAUCGGGGCGGUAGUGGCCGUGAAGCGGCUGAGGGAUGUGAAUUUGGUGGAGCAGGAGUUUAGGGAAAAGAUAGAAGCGGUGGGAUCCAUGGACCAUGAGAAUUUGGUGCCUCUCAAAGCUUAUUACUUCAGCAAGGAUGAGAAGCUUCUUGUUUAUGAUUAUAUGUCCAUGGGGAGUCUCUCCGCUCUGUUACAUGGCAACAGAGGAUCUGGAAGAACACCCCUAAAUUGGGAGACAAGAUUGUCCAUUGCUCUUGGUGCUGCUCGUGGCAUUGAGUACAUCCAUUCACAAAGCCCCACAGUUUCCCAUGGCAACAUCAAGUCCUCCAACGUCCUCCUUACCAAAACCUACGAAGCUCGCGUUUCUGACCAUGGGCUCGCAACUCUUGUUGGACCAAGCACCACCACGAGCCGCAUUGCCGGUUACAGAGCACCAGAAGUUACUGACAUCCGCAAGGUCUCGCAGAAGGCUGAUGUCUACAGCUUCGGGGUCCUGCUGCUCGAGCUGCUCACCGGCAAGGCCCCCGCGCAGGCCCUCCUCAAUGAGGAAGGCGUCGAUCUCCCGCGGUGGGUGCAGUCAGUAGUUAGGGAGGAGUGGUCAUCAGAAGUUUUCGAUCUGGAGCUACUUAGGUACCAGAAUGUGGAGGAUGAGAUGGUUCAGCUGUUGCAGCUUGCCAUAGACUGUGCAGCUCAGUAUCCUGACAGUCGACCCGCCAUGGCCGAGGUCGUAGCCCGGAUCGAACGGAUCCGUUCAUUAACCGGAGCUACUGCCAAUAUCCAAGAACAGAGGCACCAGCAGCUGGAACCAAGUGACACUGAGGUCACUUCUAACGAUCAGUCUUCUCAACUGACUGAUUCUGUGGAGCAUACCAAAUCUGCAGGUGCGGAUUCAUGAACUUUGUUAAGUGUUUUAAUAUGUUUCUUUCAUUUCAAUUUCAUUGGUGAUCAGGUCAAGCGAUUCCUCUUGGUUUUUUCAUUCUAUUAUCGCAGUAGAGAUUGUCCUCCAUGUUUAUCUUGUAUUACUGAAAGAUUUCAUCCCUUCCAGGAGUUCAAGGAUGAACUCCUUUCCUUUUUUAAAAUUUUUUCCUUUGCUCUUGUUUUUAAACUAGGUGACCUUUUUCUUUUAGCUUUUUAGUCUGCUUUUUCAUGGCAGUUAGAAUGUUCUUGUUGUUGUUUGGAAGCAUUGCACUGAUCAGAAUGAUGUGAUUAUAAAAUUGUGUACUCUAUUAUUUAUUUCCAA